GCGUAGUCAGCGAGGAUGAGCAGCUACGAGUCCGGUGCGCCCCUGAUGAGCAUGUCCAACGCAAUUACACAGCUGCCUGCGCCUGCAUCGCUCUCUUCCAACACGGCACAAGAAGUUGUGCCUUCAUCAGACUCUGUAGAUGAUUCUGUCACUGCUUCCGGGGGGUCGGCAGCCAACAACAACGCUCAUCUGCUGCAUCCACUCGGUCUAUUGAUGGACGAACUCAAGUCUGAAGAAGUCACGCUCAGGUUGAACGCCAUCAGACGCCUUUCCACCAUCUCUCUCGCCCUCGGUCCUGCGAGAUCGAGGGAGGAACUGUUGCCCUUUCUGCAUGACUCGCUCGACGACGAGGACGAGGUGCUGCUCGUACUCGCAGAAGAAUUGGGCAAUCUCGUCGAUUAUCUCGGCGGGCCCUCGAACGCGCAUCUCUUGCUCGGUCCGCUCGAGACACUCGCCGCAGUAGAGGAAACGCUCGUCCGCGACAAGGCAGCAGAGUCGAUCAACAAGAUUGCAAAGAUCCUUUCCCAGCCACAGAUCGAAGAACACUAUCUGCCGCUCCUGAGGCGUCUAUCCACAGGGGAUUGGUUCACUUCCCGAACGUCCGCCACCGCUCUGUAUGGAUCAGCUUAUCCGAAAGCGACGACGACCAUUCAGGACGAGAUGAGAAAGAUGUUCAGCUCGUUAUGUACAGACGAAACCCCAAUGGUCCGCAGGGCCGCAGCGAAGGAAUAUGGCCCUUUCAGCAAAGUGCUGGACAAGCAUCUCCUCAUAACAGAAAUGUUGCCCGUCUUCCGCAAGCUCUCCACAGACGAUCAGGACUCGGUCCGACUGCUGACCGUCGAAGCGCUUAUCGCGAUGGCGCAAGCACUCAACGACGAGGAAUGCAACGAAUACCUCGAGCCCACGAUGAAGAACAUGGUUUCCGAUUCUAGCUGGCGAGUACGCUACAUGAUUGCCGACCACUUUGUAGAGCUCUCGACUGCAGCAGGAGAAGACAUCAUUCGCGAGGAUCUCGUCGCAGCCUUCGUUCAUCUUUUGAAGGACAAUGAGGCCGAAGUCAGGACAGUAGCAGCCGCGCAGAUUCCAGGCUUUGCAAAGCUUGUCGACAAGGACGUCAUUCUGGCAAGGCUGCUGCCAUGCGUCAAGGACCUCGCGACAGACACGUCUCAGCACGUACGCGCUGCUCUUGGCACACAGAUCAGCGGUCUCGCGCCUUUGCUCGGCAAAGAGGCUACCAUCGAACACCUCCUACCGCUCUUCCUGCAAUUACUCAAAGAUGAUUUCCCGGACGUGCGACUCAAUAUCAUCAGUAAGCUGGAACAAGUCAACGAUGUCAUCGGCAUCGAACUACUCUCGCAAGCCCUUCUGCCUGCUAUUAUGCAGCUUGCAGAAGACAAACAAUGGCGAGUCAGGCAGGCUAUCAUCGAUUAUAUUCCCCUACUGGCCAAUCAGCUCGGCGUACGCUUCUUUGACGAGCAGCUCUCAAACCUCUGCAUGACCUGGCUCGGCGACCCCGUAUACAGCAUCAGAGAGGCGGCGACGGUCAACCUGAGGAAGUUGACCGAAGUCUUCGGUGUCCAAUGGGCCCGCGAAGCCAUCAUUCCUAAAGUCCUCGCCAUGGGCAGCAAUAGCAACUAUCUCUUCCGCAUGACGACCGUCUUUGCCAUCACGACAAUGGCGACGGCGCUCGAUGUGCAAACGAUCAGCACAUCUGUGCUCGAGACUGUCAAUAGACUCGUAGAGGACCCGAUUCCAAAUAUCCGGUUUGCAACGGCAAAGUGCCUCGGCGUGCUUGCACAGACUGUAGCUGGCCAAGAGGGCGGCAAGGAAGUCGCGCGAGAUGGCAUCUUGCCCGGUCUGCAAAAGCUCAAAGAGGACAGCGAUCCUGACGUCCGAUUCUUCGCCAACGAAGCCAUCGAGGCUGCACAUGCGGUCGCUUCUGGACAUCAAGUCGGCGCGCGAGAUUCCGAGAUGUCAAUCUCUUCAUAACGGCGCACUCGGGCGUGCGAGAUGGCAAGCAUAUGUUCUGAGCUGUACCUAGAGAAAUGGAAUUAUGAACAGAUACUCG